AUGCCUUCACCCAGUCAAUUCGGCCCGGGUUUGGCCAAAGUGCUGGGUAUCAAACUUGACGACCCUGAUGUGGAUAUCGUGACCAGGGGAGAGUCGGUGUUUUCCACGCAAACUGCAGACAGCUUCAUUGAGCAACAACCUACGAGCGCAGAGUGGUUAGCUGAGACUGCACCGUCGAGACGGGAUGUGGUGAACUACUUCAGAUCAUUAUUCCCUUUCUUAUCCUGGAUCAGAUUUUAUAACUUACAAUGGUUUCUUGGCGAUCUCGUUGCAGGCAUAACCAUUGGUGCUGUGGUCGUACCGCAAGGGAUGGCUUACGCUAAACUGGCAAAUGUCCCGGUGGAAUUUGGCUUAUACUCGUCAUUUAUGGGCGUUCUCGUCUACUGGUUCUUCGCAACCUCAAAGGAUAUAACAAUAGGGCCCGUCGCUGUUGUUUCUACUGUCACUGGUACCGUUGUCGCGAAGGCCACCAAGGAAUUGCCUCAAUAUGAAGAUACACCUUGGGUCAUUGCGAGCGCACUUGCUCUCAUAUCUGGAGCUAUCGUGCUUUUCAUCGGCUUGAUUCGAUGCGGAUGGAUUGUCGAACUAAUCCCCCUGGUAUCGCUCGCUGCCUUUAUGACUGGGUCUGCUCUUAACAUUGCCGCGGGACAAGUGCCUACAAUGAUGGGUAUUACCGGGUUCUCAACAAGGGAUUCGACAUACUUGGUGAUCAUCAAUACGCUGAAAAAUCUUGGCAAGACGGAUUUGAAUGCGGCUAUGGGCUUGACUGCGCUUGCGAUGCUCUACCUUAUACGCUUUUCGUGCGCCUGGCUAGCGAAAACGUACCCAAGCCGUCAUAAGUUGUUUUUCUUCCUCUCGACAUUGAGGGCCGUCUUCGUCAUUUUGUUAUACACUAUGAUUAGUUGGUUGGUAAAUAUGAACCGUCGCGACAAUCCGGCCUUCGCAAUUCUCAAAGACGUUCCUCGAGGUUUCCAGCACGCCGCAGUUCCGACUCUCAAUACGGAUAUAGUCAGCUCAUUUGUGGGAGAGUUGCCAGCAACGGUUAUUGUUCUACUCAUUGAGCAUAUCGCCAUCUCAAAAUCGUUCGGUCGCGUUAACAACUAUACUAUUAACCCAUCACAAGAAAUGGUUGCCAUCGGAGUUACUAAUGUUCUCGCGCCUUUCCUUGGAGGUUAUCCCUCGACAGGCUCUUUUAGUCGUACCGCAAUAAAGUCAAAGGCAGGCGUCCGAACCCCCUUUGCGGGCGUCAUUACAGCAGCCGUAGUACUGUUAGCUAUCUAUGCACUUACCGCCGUAUUCUACUAUAUCCCUUCGGCUUCCCUUGCCGCUGUCAUCAUCCACGCUGUUGGCGACCUUAUCACACCUCCAAAUACGCUCUACAAAUUCUGGAGGAUAUCGCCACUUGAAGUUUUCAUCUUCUUCGUAGGUGUAUUCGUUACCGUCUUCUCAACCAUUGAGAACGGCAUCUAUGCAACAAUCUGCAUUUCAUUUGCCAUAUUUAUCUUCCGUCAUCUAAAAUCACAUGGCAGAUUCCUCGGCAGGGUUCAGGUACACUCUGUACUCGGCGACCACCUUAUCGGCAAUGAUAACAAUGUGAUGGGAGAAUACGGAACCUUCGACAUUUCCGAUACUACUCUAUCUCCCCCUACACGCAAUGUCUUCCUACCAAUUGACCAUGGCGAUGGCUCCAAUCCAGAAGUCGAGGUCUCCAGCCCUUAUCCUGGUGUCUUCAUUUACCGCUUCGCUGAAGGGUUCAAUUACCCGAGCGCUAGUCACACACUAGAUUAUCUUACAAGUCAUAUUUUUGCCUACACGCGCCGUACAAAAACAGAUACUUAUGCACGUCUGGGUGACCGACCAUGGAACGAUCCAGGUCCGAAAAAAGGGCAACACGAGAAUACUCAGCUACCUACACUGAAGGCGAUAAUAUUCGACUUCAGCUCAGUCAAUAAUGUUGACGUGACCUCGGUGCAACAGCUCAUCGAUGUGCGGAACCAAUUAGAUCGGUAUACGACGCCAGACAUAGUAGACUUCCACUUCGCCUGCAUAAACAACCGAUGGACAAAGCGUGGUCUCGUAUCCGCUGGCUUCGGGUACCCGACGCCGCGGCCGGACGGCCUACACUCACGAUGGAAGUCCAUUUUCAGCGUCGCCGAGAUUGGGGGUUCUGAAUCAGCCGCAGCCGCCGCAGAGCUCGAAGCCAACGAGAAGGAGGCGACCAAUCCUCUAAGACCAACGCUCAGCAAACCAAUAGACGACAUCACGCCUGAACCUAGCGCAGCCUCGAGCAUAACGCAAUCUGCGGCGUCAAAGAGCAACACGACUACGAACAAAGCGCCUGAGUUCACAAGGCCAGGAGAAGCGAGACGCGUUGCGGUACACGGUCUCAAUCGCCCACUGUUCCAUGUCGACCUUACGAGCGCACUACAGAGCGCCAUCGCAAAUGUGCGCGCACGCGAGGAGAUCGAGGCCGCAGGGGGCCCGGAUAUUGGCGUUACGGUUUGA